GCGCUCUCCAGCGUACCACCACCUUCGCUCGACGACCCCCGCCUGCUCGAUGAACUACCUGCGGGGUGCAGUCAGCGCCAUCAGUGCACCGUACCAGUACUACAAGGAUCUCAACCCCGCCACCCUCACGGGCGCUAUAGACGUCAUCGUAGUGAAACGACCGAAACCGCAGGAUGGUCAGGCAGACAUCGCGCGGCCAGGAGAAGACGACCAUGAGCUGGUUUGCUCGCCUUUCCACGUCAGGUUCGGAAAAUGGCAGGUCCUCAGGCCAGGCGACAAGAAGGUCAAGAUGUUUGUCAAUGGAAACCAAGUUCCAUUUCCCAUGAAGAUUGGUGAGGCUGGCGAGGCCUUCUUUAUCUUCGAGACAGACGAGGACGUCCCGGAUAACCUUGUAACGAGUCCCCUUCUGGAGGCGACCCAACCUGGGCAAACCAAUGCGGACGUGCAGCGCGCCGGUAGAUUCGGCGCCAAGGAAGGCACUGAGAAGCAACCAAGGGAUGCUGGAUUGGAUACACAAGAACCCGAGUUCCUCGACCUCAACGCUUCCGAAUCGCAACAAGACCUAUCAUUACACGAGCCGGAGGAUCGACAGGGUGAAGACAGUGAAGGCCAAGUGCCACUUCUCGUCCGCACUGCCCAGCUCGGGAAAGCACUUGUGGGUGCAGGCGUAGAGGCUGGCAAGUCAGAAAGGGACAAACUCAAGGAUCACACGCUGACAGAAGCUGUAUCCGAGGUCGAGAAGGACGAGGAGACGUUCGUGAGGGAGAAAGCCCUUGCCACUCGUAACGCAGCAAGACACUCUGCCAGUAGCUUCAGGAGCAAUAAAGGAGACGAGAUCUUGCCAGAAGCAGACGAUGUGGAGGGUCCUGAGGUCGUAUACACUGACGACAUGGUAUUCGAUAUGGAGGGUUAUCACUCGCACAAACGAAGUCACUCAGGUGGAACUAUUACUCCUCGAGGUUCGUCAACUUCCACGAGCUCCCAGGUUCCCAGCCCGCCAAGUACACCAGGACCAUCUCGCACGCCAUCACCCCCUACGAAUGUACCUGUCCCCUUCCCUACCAUGCGAGCCACCUCCGAACCUCCCUUCGACUACCCAACCGGCAUGACACCUCCGCAAGGCGCGCUUACCCCGCCGACAACUCCCCCUUCGCGCUCGCCAUCUAUGUCACGGAUGCACGCCAGGAAGGCCAAGGUCGGUCCGCACACAACCAUCCCCGUGGGGCACAUCCAAACCGAGACAGAGGAGUACAUGUGGGAGUGGGGCAGCUUCCCGCAGCGGACGCCAGUGCGCACUACGUUUCCGUCUAUGGACGGCAUAGGCCCGAGCCGGAAGGGCAAGGAACGGAUGGCGGACUUGUCAUUAGACACGGAUGUCAGUGAGAAGGACCGCGAGGAGAUGGUUUCAUCGCCCGUGCCUAUGGAGGAGGGUGAGGACGAAUUGAAGUUCGGGAAGGGAGGGCGCUUGGCCCUUGAUCGGCGGAACCCGACAAGGUUCAGGGUGUCUAUCGAGAGGCGAGUGGUAGAUUUUGAGCUCAGCGUCGUCCCUGGGGCGGGUAGCAGGGGGAGGCCAGGCGGUAAAGGGCCUCUAGGUGGUGAAGACGAGGUGGUGGACAUGCAGCGUUUCGAGCAAGGGAAGAUAGACUUUGAGAAAUUUAUUAAUGACGACCAGGUCAUCGACGACGAAGACCUGGUAUUGAAGUGGGCGGGGGAUAUGUGCAUCACUCGGCAGGACGGGUCUCCAUUGAUGGACGCGCUCGUCUUGUGGCGAGAUGCCGCGCUUCGUGGCAAGCUCGCCCGCUCUCCAUCCCGAUCGCGCUCACGAGAAUGGGACGGCCAUCGGUCACGGCUGAAGGACAUUGAUGAAGAGGCCCCCUAUGCUUCUGAUGAUGAGUCUCGACAUAUGAACCAUACACCAUCCGACAUGUCGGGUUCAACAGCCAUGGAGAAGACACCGCCUUCGUCAUCAUCGUGGGUGCGCUGGUGGAGCCGGAGUCGCAAUGCAGAGCCUGCGCAGCGACCGAACCUCAAGUCGAUGAACACUGCGCCGCCCAAUGUACAAAGGAGCAAUACGCAAGUACCACAGCCAGGACCGUCGCCCACGAAGCGGUCCUCAUCUGUUACGCCGCUCUCACCCUCCCAUAGCGCGUCUGAACUGGGGACGCCCGCGUCACCCUUGUCCGAUACGUCCUCUGAGGACGACAAACCCAAACGGUACGCGAAGACACUCCGACUCACUUCAGAGCAACUUAAAACCCUCGAUUUGAAGCCAGGCGCGAACAGUAUUACAUUCUCUUUAUCAGCAACGGGGGUUGCUGCAUGCACUGCACGUCUCUUUGUCUGGGACCAUACCGAUCAAGUCGUCAUCUCGGACAUUGACGGAACGAUUACGAAGUCAGAUGCGCUAGGCCAUGUCUUCACGAUGAUCGGCCGUGACUGGACGCACCUCGGCGUGGCGAAGCUGUAUACAGAUAUCUGUCGCAACGGCUACAAGAUCCUGUACCUCACCUCGCGCGCCAUCGGCCAAGCGGACUCGACGCGCGACUACCUCAAGGGUGUCAAGCAGAAUGACUACCAAUUGCCGGAGGGCCCCGUCAUCAUGAGCCCCGAUCGUUUAUUGACGUCCUUGCAUCGUGAGGUCAUCAUGCGCAAACCCGAGGUGUUCAAGAUGGCUGCUCUACGCGACAUCCAAAAGCUGUUUGGGACAACCGCGACAAACCCAUUCUAUGCUGGGUUCGGGAACCGCAUCACCGACGCACUCUCAUAUCGUAGUGUCGGCGUGCCGAGCUCGCGGAUCUUCACCAUUGACUCGAAUAGUGAGGUGCGGAUGGAGUUGCUCGAGCUAGCGGGUUACAAGUCCUCGUACAUCCACAUGACAGACCUCGUCGAUCAGAUGUUCCCUCCUAUCAAUCGGACAUGGGCAGCGGAGUACACCGACUUCAAUUACUGGAAACAACCCAUGCAAGACUUCCCGCUUCCAGACCUGACACCACCCUCUCCCGCACUGAGCGCGCGCUCCGACACGUCCAACCAGAGUACCCUAGCCCGGCUCAGGCAUUUCAGCCUCAUGGGAAGCAGACAGGCGAACAACAUGGACAGGUUUGCCCUACCGCCACCGGCGACGAAGUCGGAGGAAGACAGAGCACAGCAGCGGCGGAACGAGUCCCACUUGCGCCAGAUGUCGUCCUUUGAACGACUGAGCAGCACGUUGUCUGCUUUCACCCAGUCUGCGUCCCCGAUCAGUAGCCCGCGAUCGAGCACGCCCACGUUCAUCGACUCGGGCUCGGAGGACGAAGGCGACGAGACUGAUCUCGAGAAGCAGAAGCGACGGAGGAAAAGGCGGGAGAGCAUGCCUGGCUCGCUGCCCGGGUCGGAUGGCUCGGUGUCAGAUGAAGACAUGCACUUUGGGGCGGAUGAGGCAGGAGACGAUGGUUACGACGGAGAGAGAGAGGAGGAAGCAGCUGAGGAAGCGUUUGACGAAGACUUUCUGGCCACUGGAGAGAUGGAGAAAGUACCGUUCUUGUGAUCAUAUAUUGUCGCUGCGUAAUUGGCGCCACAAAGCAUAAUCUGACACAGCUUGGAACUUGCAGCCGAGACAGGCUCCCAACAUUACGGUGGUUUGGUACUACAUUAUACUAUCAGUAGUGCCGGAUUUCCGGCCACCCGCUAUGCGGCUGCGAAAAGUUUGUUAUCACUUACUGCUCGCCUCCCCUUCAACAUUUCGGCAAAUAGCAACAUAACUAAGUAGCAGCUUCCUGCUGCGAGAGGGGAGACACGAGCCUAUUGUGUAGGG